AUGUGCAACGACGGUAAGUACGGAAAGCUCAAGUACAUGGCUUUGUUGCAGAAGGCAGUGAACAACCAAGUGGACAUGAUCACCAUUGAGCUGGAUGAUGUGGAGAUGUUCUGCAAGAAGGAGGCGCUGGCACCAGAUUCAGACAUGGGCGAUUCGCGCGCACAGCUUCUUCAGUCCAUCGAGCAGCUCGUGGGGGCCAUCGAGCUCCAUGUGCCACGCUACCAGGGCUUCUUCUACGAGAUCUGCGACAUCGAGCAGCCGGCGCGAGACGAGAACUACACUGACGAGGCAUCAGCCACGAGGGUGAGGAACGCCGUCCAAGACUGGCGCGAGCGCUUGAAUGCGAAGGACGCCGCAGGGGGUCUCGACAAGGCCAUGGGAGUGCCUGCAAAGCUGAAGAACCCAUGGAGUGUUCGCUUCAAGCCGCGCAGCUCCGCCUCUUCCAUGAGCAUGCGUCAGAUCCGGGGCGACUCGGUGGGACAGUUGGUACAGCUGGACUGCCUGGUGGUCAGCGUACAACAGGUGAAGCCCAAGGUGCAGAUCGUCACAUACCAUUGUGAGACUUGCGGCUGUGAAGUCUUCCAAUCCGUCGAGGCAGACACCUAUACGCCUCCGAAGGAGUGCCCUUCGACAAAGUGCAAAGAGAACAAGCAGUCCGGCAACUUGCACCGCAUGGUACGUUCCUGCGCCUUCACCCGCCACGAAGAGGCCGGAUUUGGAGGCCUCUGUGGGUUCCCACGAUUCAGGCAAAGGCUCCUACACGAGCAUGUGACUUUGGAGGAUGAGGUCCUGCUGGACUCGGCGCUGGAUCUCCUUCUCGUACUGCUCCCUUUUCGCAACGUAAAGCCCGGUCAGGGCUCAAGAGAUUUGUGGCGCGCGACUUGCCAUGGUGAUGUGGCCUGUGUUGAGCGGAUUCUUCAACAGCCUCAAGAUCCGGACGGCUUUGAUCACCAAGGCAAGACCCCGCUUUUAGGGGCCUGCGCAAAUGAUCUUGCAGAAGUUGUUGGCUUGCUCUUAGAGGCCGGAGCAGAUCGGAACAGGGCUGCGACAGUCAGAGCGAAUGGAACAGUACUUCGCCGCAUAACUCCUCUUGGUGUAGCAGCCCACGAAGGUCACAUGGAGAUCGCCCAGCUUCUGUUGCAAGCUGGUGCUGAUCCUGAUAAGGCUGCACUUGGUGGCACCACACCUUUGCACAUGGCAUGUAACAACGGUCACUUGGAGGUUGCACGGUUGUUGUUAGAGGCAGGUGCAGACAAAGACAAAGCUGUAUCUGAUACGACAUCUCUGGGCAUGGCAUCUCGUGGGGGUCACUUGGCCAUCGUACGCCUUCUGUUGGAGGCCAAAGCUGACAAAGACAAGGUCGGCAGGCCAGAAGGUAUGACUCCGAUUUGGCUGGCCUCGCGUGAAGGCCAAGCUGAAAUUGUGCAGAUGCUGCUGCUAGGCGGUGCCGACAAGAGCAAGGUUUGUGGACCUCUGCAUGCAGCGCCACUCUGGGUGGCUUGUCGUCAAGGCCACCUCGAAAUCGCACGUUUGCUCGUGGAAGCCGGCGCUGUCAAAGACCAGGCUGCUUCUGAUGGCACCACACCCGCUGAGAUAGGGCGUCGCAACGGUUACCCCACAAUUGCAAAGCUUUUGUGGACGGGCGAGCUGGUGAAAGUUCAAGAGCUGGCAGAGCAUGUGCCGGCGGGCGGAAUACCCAGGACAAUGACUGUGCAGGCGGAAGGCGACCUCACCCGCAUGGUAAAGCCGGGCCAGUCCAUCACUCUGACGGGUGUCUUCUUUCCCCAAGAUCUCCCCUACGUGAUGAGGAUGAGGCAGCAGAGCACGCAAAAGAUGUUCAUCGAAGCACAUCAUUUCCAGAAGCACAAGAGUGGCUACAGCGAGACCGUCGCUGACGAGGGCGCGUUGGAGAACAAGAUCGCAGAGGCGAAGAAGCGUGGAAGCCUCUACGAGGCCGCAUCGAAGUCGAUUGCUCCGGAGAUCUUUGGCCACCAGGAUCUGAAGAAGGCACUUCUGUUGGUCUUGAUCGGCGCGCCUACCAAGCAGAUGAAGGAUGGUCUCAAAAUCCGUGGGGACAUCCACACCCUGAUGAUGGGCGAUCCCGGAGUGGCCAAGAGCCAGCUGCUGAAGCAGGUAACUUACAUUGCCCCGCGCUCCGUGUACACCUCCGGGAAGGGCUCGAGCUCGGCGGGUCUUACCGCCAGCGUGAACCGCGACAACUCCACCGGCGACGUCACACUCGAAGGCGGUGCAUUGGUGAUGGCUGACUGCGGGGUUUGCUGCAUCUUGGCUUUGGUGAUUCCGGAGAGCGAGAGCCGGCAAGGUUGUGGAGUGAAACCUCCGACUGACCAAGGCAUCGAUGAGUUCGACAAGAUGGACGAGAAGGACAGAACGGCGAUUCAUGAGGUCAUGGAGCAGCAGACCAUCAGUAUCGCAAAGGCAGGCGUUACGACCACUCUCAACUGUCGAACGACAGUAUUGGCUGCAGCCAACCCCGUCUACGGGCGCUACAACCCGUACAAGUCUCCCGUGGAGAACAUCGACCUCCCCGCAGCCCUCCUCUCACGAUUUGACCUCGUCUUCUUGUUGCUGGAUACCGUGGACGGCGACAGGGACAAGCAGCUUUCCAAGCACGUCGCAGACGUCCGCAGCAAGUACCAAAAGCAGGAGGCCGACGACAAUCCCAAUGCUGAUGCCGACGAUGUUCUCAAUCUUGGGUUCAAGCCUUUCGAUCACAAGACCAUGCGCGCAUACAUCAAGAAAGCGAAAAGCUUCGAUCCGUUCUUGGACAAGACUCUGCUCACGGAAAUGUGUGACGCGUAUGUGUCGAUCCGCGACGACGAGAAGCGCGACGGCCUAGAAGCCAAGAAAUCGUACACGACGCCACGUACCCUCCUGGCCAUUGCAAGGCUUUCGCAGGCCCAUGCCCGUGCCCGCUUCUCCGAGCGUGUGGAAAGGCAGGACUUCGAGGAGGCGAUGCGCUUGAUGAAAGCGUCGAAGGAGAGCAUUGAGCUCAGCAUGCCGGCGAAGAGGGGCGAAAACCCCAUGAACAUCGUUUAUGACAUCAUCGUGGACCUCUCGCGCCGGGAUGCCGCCCGGAAGACGGACGGUUGGGUGGAGCUCGCGCACGUGGUUUCCAUGGCCGGCCACAAGGCUCUUCCGGAGGAGCUCGUAUUGGAGGCUGUUAACACAUGGUGCAGCCUCUCAGCCAUGAACAUGAAUCCUGAGAAGACCAUGAUUCAGUUCGCGGUGCCUGAAGCUUAA